AACGUUCAAGCCGUCCUUAACGUAAGUAGAGCGGGCUGGGGUAGCGGCGGCCAUUUUGUGCCGGGAACCCGGAGGAAGAGGACGCUGUCUUGUCUCCGCGCCCGACGGGCCCUGAAGCUAACUGAGCCGCUCUCGGCCCCGCACACCAAUCCCGACCGGAUCUCUAGCCUCCCCGCUCCCUCGCCCGGGAAGCGAGGCGGCUACGGGCGACUCCACCGGGACACAACAGCCGCCGCCGGCCGAGCCCCCCCGCCCCGCGCCACCCCCAGCUCGCGCCCCUCGGUGCCCCCCUCAACGGGAGCAUGCGAGGCUUCGGAGACCGGGGCCGCGACCGCGACCGCGGCGGGUUUGGUAGUCCUCUGCCCCCAAAGAAAUUUGGUAAUCCAGGGGAGCGUCUGCGCAAAAAGAAGUGGGACCUGAAUGAGCUGCCCAAAUUUGAGAAGAACUUUUAUGUGGAACAUCCAGAAGUGGCCAGGCUUACUCCUUAUGAAGUUGAAGAACUGCGACGAAAGAAAGAGAUUACAGUUAGGGGGACAGAUGCUUGCCCCAAACCUGUGUUUGCCUUCCACCAUGCUAACUUCCCACAGUAUGUAAUGGAUGUCUUGAUCGAUCAGAAUUUCACAGAACCCACUCCAAUUCAGUGCCAGGGCUUCCCAUUGGCCCUCAGUGGCCGAGACAUGGUGGGCAUCGCUCAGACAGGCUCCGGGAAGACAUUGGCAUACUUGCUGCCUGCAAUUGUUCACAUUAACCACCAGCCAUAUUUGGAGAGGGGAGACGGUCCAAUUUGUUUGGUUCUAGCUCCUACCCGAGAGCUGGCCCAGCAAGUCCAGCAGGUGGCUGAUGAUUAUGGCAAAUGCUCAAGACUUAAGAGUACCUGUAUAUAUGGAGGAGCACCCAAAGGUCCCCAGAUUCGAGACCUGGAGAGAGGCGUUGAGAUCUGCAUUGCCACACCUGGCCGCUUGAUUGACUUCCUGGAGGCAGGAAAGACCAAUCUUCGUCGAUGUACGUACCUUGUGCUGGAUGAAGCGGAUAGGAUGUUGGAUAUGGGCUUUGAACCCCAAAUUCGUAAAAUUGUUGACCAGAUAAGGCCUGACCGGCAAACUCUAAUGUGGAGUGCCACUUGGCCAAAGGAAGUGCGCCAGCUUGCUGAGGAUUUUCUGCGUGACUAUGUUCAAAUCAAUGUGGGCAACCUGGAGCUGAGUGCUAACCACAACAUCCUGCAAAUAGUAGACGUAUGCAUGGAGAGCGAGAAGGACCAUAAACUAAUUCAACUGAUGGAAGAAAUCAUGGCUGAGAAAGAGAACAAAACUAUCAUAUUUGUUGAGACAAAAAGACGAUGUGAUGACCUCACCCGAAGAAUGCGCAGGGAUGGCUGGCCAGCUAUGUGUAUCCAUGGAGAUAAGAGUCAGCCAGAAAGAGACUGGGUACUUAAUGAAUUCCGUUCUGGAAAGGCUCCUAUCCUCAUCGCUACAGAUGUUGCAUCUCGUGGGCUAGAUGUGGAAGACGUUAAGUUCGUGAUAAACUACGACUAUCCAAACAGCUCUGAGGAUUAUGUGCACCGAAUCGGCCGCACUGCCCGUAGCACCAACAAGGGCACUGCCUACACAUUCUUCACACCGGGGAACCUGAAACAGGCCAGGGAGCUGAUCAAAGUGUUGGAGGAAGCCAACCAGGCCAUCAAUCCGAAACUGAUGCAGCUCGUGGACCACAGAGGAGGAGGUGGUGGUGGUGGAGGAGGUCGUUCUCGUUACCGUACUGCUGCCAGUUCAGCCAACAAUCCGAACCUGAUGUACCAGGAUGAGUGUGAACGGAGGCUCCGGGGAGUAAAAGAUGGCCGGAGAGACCGUGACCGUGGCGACAGUUUUGCCAAUGGAGCCAACAAAACCUAUGGCAGUGCUUAUGGAAGUCCGAAUUCCACCUUUGGGGCGCAGCAGAGCCAAUAUGGCUAUGCCCAAGGGAGCUAUGGAGCAGCUGCCUAUGGCACAAGUGGUUAUGGCACUGCAGAAUACAAUGCUACUGGCUAUGCUGCCACUAGCACUGCCACCGCUGGGAGAACCGCUCAAACCGCCACCCAACCACAGUAUGCAGGGAUAGCUCGCUCAGGCCAGCAGCCGCAGCCUCUCAUGUCACAACAAUUUCCUCAGCCUCCGGCCACUAACAUGAUAGGCUAUAUGGGACAGACUGCCACAUACCAGUAUCCACCCCCCCCUCCACCCCCUCCUCCUUCACGCAAAUGAGACCACUUGGCUGCUGGUGACCAGUCUAGACUUCUUGCAUUUAAAGGAAACUUUUCUUUCUUUCUUUUCUUUCUUUUUUUCCCCCACUUUGUUGUCUUUCUCAAGCAGGUUAGAUUUAGCAUUCACCAUCCCAAUUCCUCCUUCCCACCAAAAAUGGCCCCCCAGUCCACAAUUACUUAUCUUGUGGGUUUUUAACUAUAUAUAUAUAUCUAUACACACACACAGAGAAACACACACAAUUGACUGGAAAUUUUUUGGGGUGGGGGUGGGGGGGGUUGUCUUGCAUGUUGAGGAAAUUGGAACAACUUUUUAUUUUCUCUUAAAAGAAAAUAGGUAUAAAGCAGAUAAGUCCCAGCCCAGUCUUUUUGGUGUCUGAGGUUUGUGUGUGAAAACUUACUGCAGACCCGGGGAGGCCUCUGUACUAUAACAUGCUAACUUAAUUUCAGGAGGUAUUGAGAGGUGGGGAAUUCUGGGGAGUCAAGGCACGCUUCCUUUAACAUAAUAAAUCCAAGGGAGCAGUGUUCAUUUGUUUUCUAGAUUUAAGAUUUUUUUUUUUUUUUAAAUAACUGAAUAUUGAUGCUUGUACUCUGGCAUAAGUAAACUUCUAAGGAAAACUCUUGCUUGUUUGGCUCAGUUUGGAGGCAUUCUGAGUGUUGCCCCACAGAUAGUGUAAAACUGUUCUGGUUGGCAUUUUUGUAGCUCCUGAUUGCAGCAGCUUCCUUCUGAAGUAAGUUCUAUGAUCUGUGGUAAGGAGAAGGGGAAUAAAGCCCCAGUGUCAGAGACCAGAAACCUGUUUUCAUUUGGUGUCUCAAACCCCAGAUCUAAUCACUGUAAGAACUUCUGUUAAAAUAUAACAUCUAUUUGAAAUAUUUACCAUUGAAGUACUUUCCCAAUGAUUGUUAAAAUGCAGGAAUGGAUGGAAUCUGCAGAUGGAUGGAAGCUGGUUACUGACUUCUUAAAUCAGCUUCUGCCCUCAAAUUCCCAUUGCUGGGGUCACCAAGAUAACUAAUCAGUAGAAGGCAUAGAAACACUGACCAGAAUUAAGAUUAUGUUCAGUACUGUUUGUGUAUAUUCUUAGUGAGCAAAGCACCUGGUCCUGGGGAGUGUUCAGAAUGCUGCUGUGCUGAGUGAAAUGUAGCAAAGUUUUCCCUCUUAAAACUUACUGGGAUUUGGUGGGGUGGGGGGAGGCGCAACUGGAAACACCUCUUCAUGAGGUGAGGAGAGAGCUGGUUAGUGUCCUGAUUCUGAAGCUGCUUUUCCUUCAUACCCUGGACUGCCUAGUGCUUUCCCUGGCAUUUCCCCAGCCCCGGCAGUCCCUUUUGAGCUCAGCCCUUGCAGGUAGGUAGCAUUCUAGGAAAUGUUAGAAAAAAGUGGAAAUUUAGUAAACAUUUUAAUUCAAUCUUGUUUAUUCUACAGGCUAAGGUAGGUGUGGGGGUGUUCCCCUUUAAAUAGUAAAGUGUGUCUACUUUGUGAUUACCAUGAGGAGACGGUUCUGGGGCAGUAGAUCAUAGUGAGAGUUGGCUGCUCUUGUAUUCGGAUAACUUGGCAGGAAAUCAGAGCCAUAUACCGAUGUUGCAAGGCAUAAUCCUUGUGUUACAAGAGUUUGUUGUGAUUUUAUUUUCUAUUGCGGGAGUCUGUAGUAGUCACAAACAAGGCAUCUCAACCCUUCUGAAAGGCAGCCCAGACCUUCUGUAGGAGAGCAGAACAUUUGAUAGCUGUGGGAGAGAGGGCUUGCUUAAAAAAAGCUUUUUUUUUUAGACAUCUUCCCCUUAGGACAUAGUAUGAGGGGUGGGAUGAAUCUAUGGUUUGUGUGCAGCAUACAGGUAGGUUAUCAGCACAAUGUCAGGGGGACAGCUAACUCCCUUAACACCCCCAUCUUUCUUACGUUGAGGCUAUUUUAAAAAAUUAACUAGUACUUUGGCAAGAAAUGUUUGUGCUUGUGUGUUUAAGUGAUGGCCACAAAUGAACUCUUACUGUCCCAGCACUGACUGAUCUGUUGUCUUUUAUCUCCCCCACAAGCAAGCGUGGAGCUAUUCUUCAUUUGUGAGUUUCUGUGGGCGUGGAAGGGCAUGGGGUGGGACACGCUGCCUAGCUGGCUUUAAGAAGGGUCUCUGGAAAGCCAAAACUGCCUUGUGGUGUGCUGUAGCUUUCACUUCUUCCUUCAGGGACUUGGGUAGAUGUAAAACAGCUAUCCUGAGGUCUUGCAAUUCUUUAUUGUAACUUUGUCAGCUGCAGUCCAGUCUCUCUCAUGCCCGACUUGAUUGUUGAAUGCACAGUAGCAUGUGCCUGCCCCCUGUCUCACCUGGUGCUUGCUGUUCUGUUCCAUAUACCAGCUAAAGAGCCCUUGUUGAUACAGUGUUAACAUCUAUUAAUGUUUGCAUUGUUCUCAAUCUGUAAGUGUUUGUGGGAGUGUCAAAUGAGUCUGGCAUCUCCUCCCUUCCCACUUCCUGAAACAACAGUACUGUGUGGAUUUCUCCUUCAACAACUGAAGGGUUAGUGGCUUUUGUGGGGGAUCAGUGCUCUGUUUCACACCUUUGCUGGUCUCUGGACACAUUCCUGUUGUAUUAACGAAGACUUGAAUUGAGAGAUUCAUAAAUUUGUGAUGUUCAGACAGGAUGCUAAGAGCUAUGUUACUAUUCUUAGUUUGUAAAUUGUCCUUUUGAUACCAUCUUGUUUUCUUUUGUAGGUAUAAAUAAAAACACUGUCAAUAAAA